GUAGAUUGAGGUUAACGUUCCAUUUUUUGCUUUCUGUUGUAAUUUAAAGAUGUAUUGGAGUAUUUGAAGCUAGACUCGUAAUGACAGUGCCUGUUUCAAAGGAAGAAUCCUAUUAUACGUCACGUAUAGCAUGUAUAAUGUACUAGUAUAUCUUAACUUUCUUGACAUCAGUUGAUACAUCCGCAUAUAUCAUGUUGCUAUUUUUUUUCACAAUUAAGAAGCGUUCUUAUUCAAAAUAUAGAGUUAAUUUUAAAAUUGCAUGUAUUAUUCUCUAAUUCAGUAGUUCUAUGAACAGUUUACAUUUUCAAGAGAAUUUUAAAUAGUAUCGACUUCAUUUUAUAGUGUAAUGUCUAGCCCACCCAUUUACGUUUAUAAAACAGACAAGUAUUACGGUCCUUAUAGCUACAUUUCAGAAACUUCCUACCAAGUCUUAACCGACCCGAGAGGUUUGAAUCUAUUUACAUAACUUAAAAGAAAUCAAUAGCAAACCUUAUUACUACAAUUGACUCUUUGUGUGCAACGACCUUCGAAUUUCCUUUUAAAGCCAUUGUAAAAAUAAUAUGGAGAAACUGGAAUCUUUAAGACGCGUUUAUAAGUGGUCAAAAGUCCGCAAGAUUGAUUAUUCAUAAUUGGCGCCGAAAAGUAGGCGGGCUAAGGAGGGGGAAGACUAAUAUUCGGGUAUCUUCGGGAAUCUUCGUGAGUAGUCGGUAGUAAUCGGUACUGCGCCCAGGGUGGGGUUAUCGAGCCGGAGAGCCGACUUCUUCCGACAUUCUCGCGCCGUAUGCGCAGGUGAUAGGAUCGUAGUUGCGUAAAUAAAAAAUUUUUAUCCGUUUUUUUUAUUUCUACAACCUUUGGACACAAUACUGUACACACCAUCCGGAGUACUAGUAAUCUAUUUUAUCUUAAAAUAAACAUGAUUAAACACGUCGUCACUGAAUCACCCUCAACGCGUAUCAAGUUAUGCACUAUACAAGAAUAUGCCACGAAUCGACCCAUUAUCUUUGCUGAAGUGUCUCAGCGUUUUGCUGGGACCCGAUGGUGGCAUUAAAAGUAAGGAAGAAGUUCAUCGGUUAGCUAACCUCAUGACAAAAUUUUCCAAGAAGCUCGUCUCAAAAUGUAUUUACAUCCAGAUUUUGAAAACUACCAAUACGGAUCUUCUAAGCCAGUUUAUGGGGGCGGGGGGUUGGAACUUAAUUCACAUGUGGCUGACGGACGGGAUCCUCGCCAAGAACUGGGCGCUGAUCCAGGAGUUGCUAGAGCUACUGCUGCUGUGCCCAGUGGACAUCGAGCGGCUGAAGAGCAAUAACUGCCCGAAGCUGAUAAAGGGCCUCUCCAAGGAGGGGAGUCACCAAGGCGUGCGUAUCCUGGCGAGCCGAUUGGUGGAGCAAUGGCUGAAAAUCGUGAAAGGCGAGGCUGCUCCGAAUUCGGUGCCGGCGCAGAUCAUGACAUCGGUGUCCGCGGCUUCCGGGACAACGACGACGACGACGGCGCCCGCGAUGCUACAGCUCGCGCAGCAGCACGCUACCCUGGAGGACCACCGGCUGGAGAAAUCGAGCGACGACUCCACGGUGAAUCUUCUCCAGGAGCAGGCGGACAGGGUGGCCGCGCAGGUGCAGGUGGUCGUCAAGUCGCAGACGACGGCCCAACCUGGGCAACAGCACCACCACGUGCACCACAACCAGCAGCAGCCUCAGGCUAAGCGACAGUCCAUCGUCGUGGUCACCUCCUCGUCUUCCCAGCCGCCGGUGCCGGUCUACAAGAUCACGAUCCGGGACGGCAAACAGGUGCUGACCAAGGUGGAGACCGACCUGUCGAACAUAAGCAAUGCCACGGACGUGGAGGUGAACGGCGACGCGGGCCACGAGGAGGAGGACGCGGCGAUGGCGCAGGAGGACGACGGGGAUCAGGAGGGGAGUGCACUGGACCAGGAGGAGGCACAGGUGGACGCCGACCUCGCGGAGGACACGAGUUCUCCCGAGGAGAAGAGCAUGGAUAAGGUCGACGGGGCGCAGGCGAACGAGUCUUCCACGGUGUCCGCGGACCGAGUCUCCGCGGAGGCCAAGGUCGGCACCAAGAUCGGCAACGAGGUCGACGUGGCCAAGGCCAAGGACGCGAAAGAGGGCGCGGGGCCCGACAGUGGGAAGCUCAGCGACAAGGAGAACCGGGACUCCCUGAAGAAGGACGAUAAGAAGGGCGGCGUCGGCGCCGAGAAGAAGGGCACGAGUCAUCACGGUUCCUCGACUUCGAAGAGCUCCUCGAAGCACUCCUCGAGUUCCGGGUCCCACCGCUCGGGGUCGAGCUCGAGCCAUCGGGCCGGGUCACACAAGUCGGGAUCGGGGAGCUCGAAGAGCUCCACCUCCAAAACGGACAAGUCUUCCAGGGAGAAGGAAAAGGCUCGUCAUGGGAACUCGUCGAACAAGCACGCCUCCUCCGGGAAGGGCAAGACGGACCGUGACAAGGAGCGGGAGAAGGAGAAGGAGAAGCUGAAGAAGGACCAAGCGGAGAAGGACAAGGCCACCCUGGAGAAGGUCCAGGGCCUGGCGCUUUCGACCAAGAUGGGCAAGAUACCGAAGAAGAAACCCGAGGACGAGAAGUUGGAGUCCUCAAGGAAGUCCUCGACCGAGUCCAAGGAGAACAAGGACAAGACCGAGACGAGGAAGUCCGCCGGCGUCGCCGCCGAGAAGAAGAACAUCUCAAUCUCCAUCGAGAACAGGAAGAACUCCCAGGACACCGUACCCAGGCCGAAGACGGUCAAGACGUUCAACUCGAAGUUCAGGUCGACCGGGCUCGAGGAGGAGGCCAAGCCGCCGCCCCCCAGGUCGGUCAAGAAGCCCAACCAGCAGGCCGAGAAGAAGGUCGUUCCCCCGAAGCCCCUCUUGUCCCUGAAGAGGCGAUCGCCGUCACCGCCACUCACCGCCAAGGACGUCACCGGCAACUCGACGACGGGCGCCUGCGCGAACUCGACGACAACGCCGCCGCCCGAUAAGAAGCCGAAGCUAUCCCUGGAGUCGCCGCCGCCCGCCGACGAGAAGAAGGGCGGCAUCAAGCUCAUUCCUCCGAAACCGAAACCGAUGGUCCUGCAGGAGAGCGACAUGUUCAUGGACGCCUUGACAGCCUCGACGAAAAGUAAGGAACCCAGGAAAAGGAAGAGGCGGACGUCGAUCUCGAAGGAGGGCGAGGCGAAGAAACAGGAGCUCGCCAAUUCCGGGAAUAGUGAAGGACAUCGAGACGUCACUCCACCACCUACUUCCCCUCCCAGUUCUGACGACAAAUCGCCGGUUACCCUCAAGCCUAAUCUUAAAUUUUAUCAAGAUACGUUAGAAACGGACGAGGAGAAAGAGGAGAAGGCCGAGGACGACGCCAAGAAGGACAAGGAGGAGGAGUCCGACGAGAGGAAGGAGGCGAAGGAGGUCAAUGACGAGGACGAGAGGAACGGCACGCCGACCCCAGAGGACGAUGAAGACACGAAGGGGUUGGGUUCUGACGAGGAAUCCUCGCCAGAGGGUUCGGAUUCUCGUAAAAAGGACUCCGGUGCGAGUCCUCGCUCCGAAAAUCGUUUCGUCGAUGGACUCAAGAGCGUCCUCCUGCUCCAGAAGCGAAAGGGCCCGAAGAAGAGCCUGAAGUGGAAGACCGACCUGGAGUCGAUCAGGUACUUCGAGCUGGACGAGACGGAGAGAGUCAACGUGACGAAGACGUUCACGGACAUGAAGCAAAUGGAGAAGCGAUACGAGCGAGAGGCCUUCCAGAUGGCCAGGAAAUUAAGUACCGAGGAUCACAUGGAGGAGAAGACGAGGUGGAAACCUUUGAUCCCUGUAGACGUGCCGCCUGCUCUGGUGGAGCCCGGCAAGGACAGUCGAGAAAAAGAUGUACAGUAUGCCAGGGAGAAGGGAAUACUACAGGCGCUCUAUUUCAACCGGAGCAUGAUCCCCGACUCGGCGGCGGAGCCGGACGAGGAGCGGCACCAUCCGAUGACGGACCCGAAGGUGAUCCCAUUGGACGACCUGACGGGGAACAAGGAGAGCGAGAAGGACUUCACGUUGGUGCCGUGGCCGGAGCCGAAGACGCAGGCCAGCCCGACGCUGACGACAAAUUUCCACUAUCGAACCUUCCCGCACGGCCAGCCGACGAUGAUGGCGCCGAUGGGCGCGCCCCAGGGCGCAGUGGCCGGGAUGGGCCCGAUGGCGCAGAUGCCGCCGAUGGCGCAGAUACCACAGCAAAUGAUGGCCGCGGGGGGUCCGGGCCCGAUGGCGCAGAUGGGCCCCGUAGUGUCUCUAGGAGACAUGACGUCGAUGCCGCCGCCUCCGCCGCCGCCUAGUUCGACGGGGGCGGCGGUAGGUGGUGGAUGGCGCACGGGGGACGGGAAGGUCGUCGUGCCGGACGUCGCGAUGAACCCCGUAGGUUUCCCCCAGCCCGGGAUGGACGCGCCCAUGGGCCCACCCAUGAUGGGGGGGCCCCCCAUGUACAACCAGCAAGAGGGCUUCGGCAUGAUGGGCCCCGAGGAGAUGGGCUACGGCAACAUGCCGGGCGGCUUUCAGGGCCCACCGGGCCCCAUGAUGUUCGGCCCGGGGCCGAACUUCCACGGCGGGCCCCGACCCGGGGGCCCGAUGCAUGCGCAGAGGGGGAGAGGCGGGCCCGGCUGGUACCGUGGAGGGGGCGCAGUAGGCGGGGCCUCCGGGCCUGGUAGGGGCGGCGGGUGGAGGGGAGGAGGCACCUGGAGGGGCAGCGGCAAACAGCCGCCCGUGUGUAGGCAGUUCAGUAAGAACGGCUACUGCCGGUCCGGCGACAAGUGCCAAUACCUCCACCCUGGCGUCAAUUGUCCGCCAUAUUGAGGGGAGACGCUCGCACGCCGUGAAGAACGGAAUUGGUGUCGGACCUUAGAUGGCGCUCCGCGGCCGUUGGAACGGCUCGAUGGAGAUCCUCGGGAUGCCCGGUAGAGGGCGCACUGCCAGAGAUUCUCCCGUUUCGGUCGGUCCAUUGUCGUUUCUUUUUUCUUCUUUUUUAAUCUGGAUGAUAAUGGACCGCGGGGUCUCGCGAGAAUUGUAUGCUCGUGUACAUUCGGCUGUAUAUAUGACAACGUAUGUGUAUAAUUUUGUACAGGAUGGAGUGGAUGGCAGUCUCGGGACGAAGCGUUUUAGAAUGCGACGCGCCUCGUACGUGUGAUAAUGUCUGUGUAUAAUUGUACAGUUGAUCGGGAGCCCUCAGGGCCUUGCGAAUGAGGAGCAAUGAUUUAGGUUAGUUGCGAGGAGCGCAUGAUGUACAUUCUAAUUAAGGGACACAUCGCGAUCGAGACAACCUUGUAUUAAAGAUUUUUUACCGUCUAAGUUAAGAGUAGCGGUUACUUUUUUUUGUACAUGGUUGAUCGUUAUGUUUGUAUAUAUCGAUUGUUAUACGAGAGCUGCUUUAGGAAAAUACAGGAAUUAUAAUUAUUUUUGAAGAUGCC